GUUUUUCCCGGUAAUACGAUUGCACACUGUACGCAACACCAGCACUGUACUGUCCUACCCUAAUUUUUCGAAGAUGCCGACCACAAGCCAACAGAGCGAUCAAUUUCAACAAUUUCUGGACCAGAAUCAGUAUUCCAACAAUAGUAUUUUGCGUUACGAGAAAAUUUUCGGACGUGGUUUUGUAAGCACUGGAGGUCUUGAAACAACCGAGGUAAGGUACAUCAGGAGAUCCAAGUAAUUUUACUGGGAGGUAAAAUCUAUUUUUCUCUCUUCCUGCAAUCUAGAGUUACUUUGCAAACUUAAUUUUUAGCUCAUUCGAAGUUAGCCUUUGCAGUAGCUAAUUUUACUUUCCCGAAUAAAAUUUUCUUUUUAUUUUUUGAUACUGCGGACGUGGAAUAUUUCGUAAUCGAUCAGCCCCAAAUGAAAUAAUUUCAAGAGGAAUUCGGUGAAAUCAAUUCAGUUUUGAUCAUUAAGCUUGAAGUGAGCCAAAAAAUAUCAUGCAGUGCCAUAAAACAGAGUUAUAAUCUGUAAAUCCUAGAUAUGUAUCGUAAGUUUUUGCCAGCAGAUGAAAAUCUAAAUUCUCCCUCAUGUAUUGUGCAAUCGAAGGAGUAACUUUUCUUUCGUCAAUGAUUUCUAUUUUUUAUUUGUGGUGCAGCUAUUGUUGAAACCCAGCUUUUGCUCCUGUCAUUGGGAAUUCUCAGGAGUGACUUUCUGUUUGCGUUUUGUUUUUCUCUCACAUUUGUGGACGAGUCUUAUGACAAAAAAGUACUUUAAAUUUUGCAGUAAUGGUCAUUUCACUAAAUGGGGAAUAUGAAUGAAACGAAAUCCAAAAUACAUAGGGAAAAGAAAAUGGAAAAGUGGGAAAAGAAAGCUAGGGCAAAAGAAAAACUUAAUUUUGAUUUCUUUGGCUUUGGUCUCUUACAUGUUUUCUCUUUUUUAUGGUGUGAUAAAGACUAUUAUUUCUCAAUGUUUUGCAAGAUGUUUUACAUGAUUUUGUUGACGGUAACCUUAAAAAGGUCCUUUCACAUACAUGUAGCAAAUAUCUUAACUCAGGGAUUGUGCACUAAGGUCCCCUACCAUUCCUGUGGUGUUAACCCCCUACAGGUUAUUUCAUGAGGCCUUUGUUUCCUUUGUUCCAGGGAUUUUGUAAUAUUGUGAUCUUUCAUUCCUUGUGAUUUUAACCUGAUACACAAUUUUAUAUCCAUGUAUUUAGUUAAGGGGAUGUGGUAUCUUUGUUUAUCCUGGGGAUUAUGUAGUACACCUGUCAUCUUUCAUUCUCUGUGGUGUCUACCCCAAAAUUUUUCAAGCCUUUCCUCCCUGAGGUGAAAUAUGGGAACAAAGCAAUUUUUUCAUUUUUUUCAUUCUCUUUUCUUUUUUUAUGUAGGAAAUUGUAGCAAUGCUGAGUUUAAGACCAGGUCAAACAGUUCUUGAUGUUGGUUGUGGAAUAGGAGGUUCUGCUUUCUACAUGGUGAAGGUAUGACUUGUGAUAAAUCCCUUUUUAUUGUACAGUGUAUAUAUGCCUACUCUUUAGGUUUAUUUAGUCGCCUCUUGGAUAAACCUCUUGAACUCCUAGUUAAAAGGAAAUGUUGAUAUUUUACAAAUGAAAUAAGGAAAAUCAUUUUUAUUCUAAUUGAAAUAAGUUUUCUUACAACUUUAUUUUUUUAAUUUUCUCAUGCACUGAGUCAAUUUUAUCAAAUUUUAGUUUGUGAAGGGACUUGGAUGAAGAAGGCAAUCAACAAAUUCAGGGGUAUGGGCUAAGGGAAAUCAUUAGACUAGAAUAAUUCAACUUAGUUUUUUUUUGUGGUGCAACUUUAUUUUCUUAUGCUCUGAGUCAUUAUGCGGCUUUGCUUUGACAAUACUGGUAUGCGGAGGGGUGGGCUGGGGAGGGUGUUGGGGAUCUUUUUAAGAAUAAAAAAAUCUUCAGAUUUUUAGACUAAUUCAGAGCUACAUGUAGGACUACUUCUUGUUUAUAGCACUACAAUUACUUUUUUUAAAAGAGUUUUCAGAUAUCAUCAUUUUAUUCAUGAAAGCAAUGUGGUAGCAUGUUUUUAACAAAAUUUUUUAGCUUUUAAUUAACAACUUUUGUGGAAUAUUGUGUUAAAUUGGACUAUCUUGUUUCUCACCUAGAAUUUUAAAGUGGAAGUACUGGGUGUUGACUUGUCAACAAAUAUGAUUGAUACAGGAAAACAGAGAGCCAAAGAAUUUAAGGAUGACAAGGUAGAAUAUGCUUACAUGUAACCUUAACUUCAAGAAGUGAUUAACAUGUAAUUUCCCCUUAAAAUAUUCGUACAUUAUCCAGCAAACAGAUAAUGAAUACUUAAACUUAUCAGGUAGAAGUUAUCUUGAUUGAACACCAAAUUCUUGUAACUCAUUCCUAAGGAAAUAUUUAGGAGCUAGAAGGGAGAAUUAACAAUCAGAAGUCAGUAACUUUAAAGUAUGAUGUAAACAUUAUGAGUAAAUAAAUGUUACAGCUAAAUGAAUGUAAGUUGUUGUAAUAAUACUUCAAGAAGAAAUUCCCUUACAGGUUUUAUACUACAUGCAUCUAGAAAUUACUGUAGCUCAUAUAAAUAUCUUAACCCUUUAACUCCCAGAUCAAAUUUGUCAUUCUCCGUACUGUCAACCAUACAAUUCUUAUAAUACUAGUUCAGAGAAUUUAGUAUUGGAUCAACUAAUAAUCCCCGAGUUGAUAUUUUUCUUUAUUCUUAUCACUUAUCUGGUUGACAUUGUAUUGAUAUUGUAAGGAGAAAUUCUGUCUUGGUCACUCAUGGGAGUUAAAGGAUUUAUGUAAUCUUGAGAUGGUACAAUUUAUAUUAUGUAAACAUAGUGUUUUUUGUCAUGAAGAUGUCAUUGCAAUUUUGCAGCAUUGGAAAUUUCUAAGCUCAACUUAGGCCAAAUGGAAACUACUGUGAUGUGAACUGAGAAUGUUUCAGAUGAAAAAGGCUCAAAAGUGGUACAUGUAGUGUUAAAUAAAUGUGUUUCUGAACUUUGUAGCUCAAGCACUAAACUUUCAAGUUGUCCUUUGUGUUUUUAGGUUGAAUUUGUGGUUGCUGACAUAACAACAGCAGAUUAUGCCCCAGAAUCAUUUGAUGUUAUUUACAGUAGAGACACAAUUCUCCACAUUGCUGAUAAGGAAUCCUUGUUUAAGAAUUUCUUGGUAUGCCAUUUUUUUUGGAAUGAAUGAGUGCUUAAAGUAAAGACCCAUGUAAUAUUGACCCAAUGUUUGCUUUGCCCUGUUUCCCAAGGGAAUGUCAAACAUUUUGUUGAGAAACUAUAUAUGUGCAUUUGUUGGUUAAUACAAACUCUCCAAGGGGACACACAUCUUUGGUUAAUAUGUGAGGUGUUGACUGUAAAUCUCUUGAAUAGAUUGUAAUAAGAUGGGUGUGGGGUGGACUACAUAUAGGCUUGAAAGAGUGUGUUUUCACUCAUGUGUAGAAAGGUUCAACUGUGUUAAAUGUUCAUUUAAUUUUAAAUGAAUUGAAUUUUUAAUUCAAUAUAAACUUCAAUCUGCCAAAAUAAACUCUGCUAGAUGUGGGCUCAUGCUCAGUGACAAAACCAGAAAAAAAAUCAUCAUUCAAUCAUUCCUCUCAUUACACUGUACAUGUUCCCUUGUCUAUGUACAUGCAUUUCAUGAGUUCCAGUUGAUUGAUUUCUUAUGAAUGUGUUCAUCUUGAUUAGAAAUGGUUGAGGCCUGGAGGAGAGCUUCUUAUUUCUGACUACUGCCGUGGUGCUAAUGAAUUGUCUGAUCAGAUGAAAGCAUAUGUUGCUAAGCGACAAUAUCACCUCCUGACUCCAGCUGAUUAUGGAAAGGUAAGGGCUGAGAAUCUGUCGGAAAACUGGGCUGCUUUUCAUCUUUCUUAAAAAAAUUAGAUAGUUGAGAUUUCUGCCAAGGCAUGUAGCUUUCAUUUAAGACAUCCAGACUGUUGUCAGAACAAGUUAAAAUUUGAAACAUAAAUAUAAGAAUUUUAAAGUUAUAACAAACUCCUUUCUCAACUUUUGUGGAAUGUCUUCUUCUUUGCAUUAAUAGCUUCUCGAAAAGGUUGGUUUUAUUGAUGUAAAAGCAAUAGACAACACCAAGAGAUUUGUUGAAGUUCUUCAGUCAGAGAGGAAAAGAUUUGAAACAGACAGGGACAUUUUCUUGAAGGUGAAAAUAUUUAAAGCUACACUUUAACUAUAUAGAUCAUUUUUAUCAUUAAAAAAUCAGUGACAACAGGAAAGUUCUAAUGGUCAAAUUGUGAGGUUAGGCACAGUUCAUGAAUAAACUGAUCUUGUCUUCUCAUUUCAAUCUUUACACCUCAACAUCAGUAUGUAAAUUCUCCAAACUGUCCUUUAUACAUUUUCUAUUGUGCUGUCACAGAGAAUUAGUUAAACAAUCAAGAGCUACUUAAAUGAUCAUUUCCUAUAUUAUCAUGGCCUUAAUGUUUGAUUCAGGGGUGAUGCUCUUGGGAGAAAUAAGAUGCUGGUCACUCGUGGGGUUUCAGAGUUAAAAGGCCCCCUCCCCCCCCUUUUUUUUUAUCUUUUUUAUUUGUUUUCUGUUUUUUCAAAACAGGAUUUCAAAAAGGAUGAUUUUGAAUACCUUGUUGAGGACUGGGAGACAAAGAUUGACCGCUGUGGCCGUGGAGACCAAAAAUGGGGUCUAUUCCAUGCCAAGAAAUCUUCUUAACUCACUUUUUGCUCAAAAAGAGGAACAUCGCGCGUAAGCUAAUUUUCGGAAGCGCAGUAGGAAUCAUAUCAAAAUUUUUAACGUCAAAGAAUCAAAUCUUUUAGGUGCUUUAUUUUUAUUUAUUAGAUAAGCACAUUGGUUCACGCUGCCCGUGAACUAUUCGUACCUCCAAAAAUUAAAUAAGAAAGGUUAAUAAAUCAGGUGUUGCUUUUAACAUUUGGUUAUAGUCAUCUUUCGCUUUAAGGCAUAUGCACGCGCCAUUUGUUUGCAUUGUUUUGGCGGUCAGUGGUAAUUGCGAGACGCUCGCGAAGGCCGAGACAUGCGCGAGAGGAAGAGCACGUGACUAUUUCUUUCGCCUUGCACGCAAUGAAAUAAAAUGUAAGGAAGACGCAAAUAUCAGACGUGAGCACAGGACCCUCCAUUUUCCAUGUGCAAUAUUCUAGAGUUCAUUUUGACUGCACGUUUCAAGACGUGGACCAGAAAAGUUAAACAAAAUCACAGUAGUCAGAAUAUCCAAAUUAAAAGUGUGAAAACGUGGGGGACUAAGUCGCAAUUAGUUUUCUGUUUUGCGUCUGAUUGGUCGGGAUGGAAGGAUUUGUAUUGUAGAGCGAAGUAAGGCAAGUUUCCCUUCAUGCGAAGCGGGUGAAAGUGAAAAUUGUGCGCCAUGUUUACUUCCGUGAUACGUCUUAACAUGGAUGGGGAACUUCAUGCAGUGUCAAUUUUCUCACAGCUCAGAAAUUGAAGACCACGCUAAAUGACGCUCCGCGCUAUUUUCAUGUUCCGCAAGUAUUAAAUUUCCUCUUAAAGGUUACGCUAUAGAAGUAAAGCCAGACUAUAAGCGCAAUCAGUUGAACAUGACCAACAUCAUUUUCCUGCACUAUUUUAGUAUACGCUACAGAGUUUUGUACAACUUAAACUGAGAACCACUCGUUCGUUUUCGC